CGCCAGCGGAGGCGCUAGAGAGAGAGAUCAUCACUGACAGACUUCACAGAUCUGAUCUCGUGAGGGCUGUGGCUUUGUCAUUAACGUGUUUUAUAAUUUCAUUCAGGCUGUUUGCAUCUUAAAUCGUUUGUAUACAGUAGUUCUUUUGAUCCGUCUUGAACUGUUUGAGGAUGGCUGAGUCAAGUGGGAGAUAUCAGCAGCUGCCCAAUGAGGAUGAGCCAGAGGAGGGCUCUCAGGUGGCCACUGAUGCCCCGCCCCCUUACAGCAGUAUUGCAGCAGACGGCGAAGCUUAUUUUGAUUACAAAGAUGAUGCAGCAUUCCCCAAACCCCCGUCCUACAACGUAGCCACCUCUCUUCCAUCAUAUGAUGAGGCAGAGAGAACCAAAGCAGAGUCUACCAUGCCACUGGUGUCAAGCCGACACAGGGAACGUCUGGACACAUUUAAUGAUGAAACUCGGUGUGCUUUGGAGGAUGAGGACUUUGUGGCGAGAGAUGACUUCGAGGACGCGGACCAGCUGCGGAUAGGCAAUGACGGCAUUUUCAUGUUGACGUUUUUCAUGGCAUUCCUCUUCAAUUGGAUCGGCUUCUUUCUGUCAUUCUGUCUUACCACUUCAGCAGCUGGCCGUUAUGGUGCCAUAUCUGGGUUUGGUCUCUCACUUAUCAAAUGGAUCCUCAUCGUACGGUUUUCUACGUAUUUCCCUGGUUACUUUGAUGGACAGUAUUGGCUGUGGUGGGUGUUCCUGGCACUUGGCUUUCUGCUUUUCCUCAGAGGAUUCAUCAACUAUGCCAAGAUUCGCAAAAUGGCAGAUUCCUUUUCCACUCUUCCACGGACCAGAGUUCUCUUCAUCUAUUAAAGUCACUCGCUGGAAACGAAAACACAGUUACGGGCCUGCGCUGAGCCGUGGACCCAGCGGGAAAAGUGUAUUUAAGAAAAAAAUCCUUCCAUCUGUAAUCUACUCAUCAGGAAGACUGUGGAAUUCCAAAAAGAAAAGAUGCUUUUUUCGUUUGCUUUUGAAUAUGCCGGAUGGCAAGAUACUCUUUCUAUGUUUUUAGAUCUACAAUAGUGACAGCUCUGUACCUGUUUAGUGGUUUGAUGUUGAGUGCUAUUUGCAAACAAGUCUGUUAUGUAUACAAAAAUGAUUAGUACUGGCAUGCAAUGCUCCCUUUUUACCAGUAGGGGGAAAUCUUUCCUUUUCUUUUACUCCGAUCUGCCCCCCACACUUUUUUCAGUCGUGACGUUUGACAGGAAAGCAACCAGUCACUGCUGGUCACCAUUCAUGCAGAGCUUUUCUCUUUGUGAAUGGCAAUGUGAGAUGAAUUGAAUCUAAAGCAGUCAAUGCUUUUCUUCUUUCUUUUACUGUUUCUCUCUCUCUCUACAUGACAUGAAAUUAAAGUUAGUGUUUUUAAACUCAAAACGGCUUCUUAAAGACCAUAAUUAAAACUGAGGUCAUUCAAUGCUUUUUACAUGCAUCCGGAAGGUAUGUUAAUGCCAUUACUGAAUGUCAAUUGCAUUACAUUACAAAAACUUCUCAACCUUUUCCAAUUCAACCAUACAAUAAAUGCAAAGAAGUAUCCCAACAUAUAAAUGUGCUACUGUAUAAAACAAAGAGCACACAGCCUUUUGCACUGAAUAAAAUAAUGUUCUCUGUAAUCUCUUUCCUUUUAUACCGCUCAACUGGUGGUACUGUACAUUUCUGCAGUCUUUUGAAUACACGUUUAGCGUGAACGUCUCUCCCCCAGCUAGUGCGGUGGCCACAAUAGGGGCCUGUUUGAUCUCUUUGUCUAAUCAUGCAUGAUUUUUGCUGCGGCUUGUCUGCUCUUGUCACCUUGGGUCUCGUCCACGACGCAGGAAGUUACUCUUUUGUACUCUGUUUUUCAUGCAGCUCUGCGGUCACCCGGCGAAUUCCAAUGCCUGUGCACAUGUAUUUGCCUGUAAAUAAGAUACUGCUAUUAAACGUCUACGGUGUUCAAAA